AUGGAUUCUGCAAAGUGCAAGAAAUUGAUUAAGGUUAUGGAAGAAGCAUAUAAACUGCUCAAGAAAGAAUCAUUGAUUGUGGAAAUUACAAAGUGGACAAAGUUUGGACCUAAUACGUUCUUUAAUACGAAAAACGAAGUAAUUCUAUCAUCCACGGAGAUCAAUGAGUGGUUCAAUGUCAAUGUAUUGGAAAAAUUAUUAACUAAAAUCGAAGACUUCCAAGAAAAAGAAUCGGGCUGGUCGUUGUUGGAAAUAAUAAACUUGGCGGUAAAUAUCAACAGAUAUAUACCGAUACAUGGUGGUCUGUCGACAUUCAUCGAGUUGCUGAAGAACGUACAGAACAAAAAGGCAGUGGUGAAUAUUUUAAAUAACGAUCCGUAUUGUUUUCUCUGGUCCGUUACGGCAGCUCUUCAUCCAGCUAAACAAAAUGUACAAAGCAUCAGUUCGUAUUCACAUUUCAGCUCAAUACUAAAGUACGAAGGUAUAAAUUUUCCUAUUGGCUUGAAGGACAUUCCAAAAUUCGAAGCAAUUAAUGAUUUAGUGAUUAACGUUUACGGUAUAGAACGCGAUGCGAAUAAGGGUGGUAAUGAGAUAGUACCACUUUAUUUAAGCCAACACAGAUCAAAUAAAUCUCCAAUUCAUCUUCUGAUGGUGGAAAGUGAAAAUGACGUGGAAAGUGAUGAUGAUUUGAACAUGGAAUUUUUGUCAAAAAGUGUAAUUUACCAUUUUGCUUGGAUCCGAAAUUUAUCUCGACUGUUAAUUUCUCAAAUUUCAAAACAUAACGGCCAUAUUAGACUGUGCGAUAGAUGCUUGUGCCAUUUUCAAACUGAAAACUCUUUCGAAAAACAUAAACUCGAUUGUGCGAAUAUAAAUAAGUGUAGAGUGAUUUUGCCAAAUGAUGAGGAAAAAUUGCUGAAGUUCAAAAAUUACAAGUAUCAGGAAAGUGUACCGUUCGUCAUUUAUGCUGUGCGACGUUAUUCCCCAAAACAAAAUCUCACUGCUAAAUUAGAUUGACGAUAAAAGGUAUUCGGAAAGUAGGGAACCAUACACAAAACGCCGUAUGAUUCUCUCUCAAUACAUUUCAAUAUUCACAAGACCCGAUUCGCGAUAAACCAAAUAGUGUCGGGCGCCAGGUGGUCUCCGGGGAGAAGAACACCGCGAGUGCAGGGCACUCGAGAUCUUAGAAAUUCUGAAGAAAACGCGGGAAAGCUCGAAACAAUUGAAGGGAAAAGGAAACAGGUAAGGCGACACCGCCAAGAGAAGAGAAGUGAAACGAU